GAGAGGUCACUGGGAGGUACCAUCAAGUCAUAUUUAUCGCAUCGUGAAUAGAAUAACUUUUAUUUUCAAAGAAGAAAGCACCCGUUUUUAACAUUGAAAUUAUCCCCCAGACGAAUGUUCUAAUAUUCUGAAGUUGAAGUCAUAUUGAAUUAAAAAGUAUUUUUUAAUGAUUCAUUGUUAGAAGGAAACAACACCAUUUUAGAGCAGUUGGUAGGGUCCAACGUCCUCUGAGAGCCAGUGAGCAAGAGAAGUCGAAGGCCAAGACUAGGAAGUAUGGUGAACUUUGCUGCCCUGAUGCGUGACCAUUGGGUUAACAUAUUUGUCCCCCUUGGCUUUGUUAUCGGGAUCUACAUGGACAGAGCACAGGACCAGAAGCUGACCGCUUUCAGGAACAAAAGCGCAUUGUACAGCAGGGAGCUGAAGCCUGGCGAGGAAGUCACCUGGAAGUAGACCCACCUGUCGUGGAAUAUUUAUUGUGCGUUAGUCACAUCUCCUGUUGUGUGAUUUACAUUUUCUGGAUGGUCUUCAAAUCAAGCACCCCGAUACGUUUCAGUCACUGUAUCAACCAAUAAACAUGCCCCGUUGUCAUCUU